GAGGACCGGCGUAUGGCUUUGAUAAAUCAGAAGAGUUUAAAACUAUCGUCAGGACGGGCCCGACCACCACCAAACUCGGAGACUUUGUCAGUUAUCUGCACUCCUAUUUUAACUGGAGCAGUCGAGCGCUGAUGAUCUUCCACGACCUGAAACAAGACGAUCGGCCUCAUUACUUUCUCUCCGAGGGCAUUUACAUAAUUCUGCGAGAGGAAAAUAUCACCGUGUUGGCUUUCCCUUACGAAGAUCCGCCGACUUUCAAUUAUAAAGACAUCAUCACAUUUAUAAAAGACAACGGGAGAAUUGUGUAUAUCUGUGGACCUCUACAGACGUUUUUCCAAAUAAUGAAGCUCUUUGAGGUUGAGGUGAAGAACCCAGAGGACUACGCCAUCUUCUACAUUGAUGUGUUUGCAGAGAGUUUAAGGGGAAAUGUUCCGAUGCCCUGGCAGGGUUCAAAGAUACAGUGGAAUGACCCCAUCAAGCUAUUCCAGUCUGUGUUUAUUGUAACGUACCGGGAGCCAGACAGCCCUGAGUAUACCACUUUUUGCAAAGAACUCCACAAGAGAGCAAUGCAGGAUUUUAAUGUAAAAUUGGAACCCUCAAUGAUGGAUUUUAUUGCCGGUUGUUUCCAUGAUGGUUUUGUGCUAUAUGCAAAAGCCCUCAGUGAAGCGUUAGCAGACGGCGUGUCUCAGAAUGAUGGAAUCAACAUAACUGUGAGAAUGCAAAACCGCAGGAUCUGGGGGGUGACUGGCCUUGUUAGCACAGAUCGGAACAAUGCCAGAUUCACAGACUUUAGCCUUUGGGGAAUGACUAACCUGAAAACUGGACAAUAUGCAGUAAGUACAAUGUUCACAAAUUCAGUCUACUCAUGAAUACAGAACAAAUGU